UAGUUGGCGCCGUCAGCUGUCAGGUUGUUAAACUUAAUUUAUUUGUUAAUAGAAUAAUGAGUGAAUAUUAAUUAACAAUUACCAUGCUAUUCGGGGAGCUUUAAAUUAAUUCUACGUUAAUUAGGACAAAAUUAGACCAGUUUUGAUUUACUCGUCUAAAAAAUACAGAUCGGAAGGAAUCUUAACCUAAAAAAUUUAGACGCUGUCAAAUAAAAAAACAUUAGUUGAACUUUUUGGCAAAAAUGGCUUUAUUGUAACUAAAACAUCGGCAAGUAAAAUGUGGCCCCUGCUACUCGAUAUGACAAAAGAGGAGUCCGUUCAGAAUCUAAGGAACUUAGAACUGGAAGCGUACUCCAAUUUAGUAUCAGCCCUAAGAGCACAAGGCCCCCUCAAUCCCGACAAACGGAAAUUAUUGAAGGCCACUAGUUUCAUUUUAAACAUAACCCAAGAGAGACACAAAGCCGAAGUUAGAAGAGCCAUUAGCGAUGAAAAGUUGAAUACAAUAGCAUAUCACGUAACCGGUCACACGGAAACCCUGGAAGAAUGGGCCCAGGAGGGCCGUCGCCUCGUACCUCUCCUAACCCGAGCGACUCCGCAAACAAUCUAUUCCGCAUUGGCCAACGACGCCUCCGAAGCCGCCGGUCAGAUGAACAAAAUGCUACCACUGCCCGCUAAUACCGAACGAAAGCGACCCAUCAUCACACCCGUCACUGCAGUCGUGGUACCGGAAACCAGCAAAGGCGCCGCCUUCAGGAUCCCAGAGCCCCCGAAAGUCGAAGACAACAAGAAGAGGAAAUUGAUAAGUAACGCGGAAAACACGAAUAUCACCCCGCUUCUUUUAACGCCAAAAUUGUCUAGGAUUCAGCAGUUGUACAGGCAAAGAUCCAAGCCGAAGGUGAAAGAGUUGAUAAAAAAAUCGGACUCGGGCCACUUAGACAUGGUGCAGCAGCACAAAUUGAUCCAACCGGUGGCCCAAUCGGCGGCCUGUUCGUCCCCCCAACCGCAAUACAUCAACCAAAGGGUGAACGUGCUGCAGAACAUCAGCCUGCAACCGAUCAAAGAGGAGUACACCGAUCACGAGGGCGACUUGAAGCUGACCGAUCACGCGGCGAUGUCUUCGAUAGCGAACGAAAACCACGCGCCCAAACCGAAAAUAGUCUCCGGCAUGAAGCCGAACACGAUCCUGCAGAUCAAGCAGACCUCCCCGCAACCGGCCGGACCCAGCUCGGACGUGCAGAAAACCAUCAAAAUGUGCCCCGCCAAAAAAUCGGUAGCGAAAACGCUGAAUUCCGGUCAAAAGUUAAUAGUAGCAUCGAACGCGCAAACGAUACCAUCGAGUAGUAUAUUACAAAGAACGUUGCAGAUACCGUUCGUCAAGAACGUUUCCAUAAAGAACAUCGAAAAGUUCAAAAUAGUGACGAGCAAUUCGACGUCGACGAAUCUCCACCUGACCAACGUGACGUCCGGCACGAAUCCGGUCAAACACAAAGUGGUCACGGUGAAAACGAACCCGGCUUCGAAGAAGGUGAUACCGUUCUCGCAGCUGCAGGUGCUCAAUUCGAAGGGUAACAUCAAAGUGCUGCCGCUGGGCGGGAAGAUCGUGGGCAAAUCGACGUCGGGCAAUCCGGCCCCGUUGUACAUCGUCAACACCACGCAGCAAAUCACGCGGGUGACGCAUUCGCCGCAAAUCAUCGCGACGAAUAAGGCGCACGAGAAGGCCGAGGUGAAGGUGACCGAGAGCGCCGGAGAGUCGGCGUGCAGGGAAAACGGGAAGUCUUCGGUGUUGGAGGAUAUUCUGAAGGCGUCGGGCGUGAUCGAGGAGAACAACGCGGAGGAUUACGAUGCUAAAAUCGAGGAGUUUCACAUUCCUCAGGUGAAGAAGAACAACAACGUGGAAAUCGAGUGUGACGAUAGGAUGGAUACGGUCGAAGAGGGAAUAAACGAUGUGAAGAAUGAUGGUGCGAACGAAGCGGGUUUGGUUGAAGAAAAGGUGAUCAACGAUGAACAAAAUUUAGAUGAAGAUGUUAAAACGCAAAAGCCAGAAGGAACAGCAAUGGAAAAGAGCAAGCUUGAAAAUGAAUCAGAAUCAAAUAGUGUAGCCGAAGAGAUAACAACAACAGAAGUUCCUGUAGAUAUAAUGAUGGAUAUACCAGAAAGUAAAAUUAGUGAUACAGAGUGCAACUGAUAUUUAUUUACUUAAUUCGUAUUUUGUGUUGAAGCGAUGUCCAUUCGGAGCUUUUUCUUCUUCAGUGAUUUAUACAUUUUAUCUCUUAGAGUAUGUUUAGUGCGUUAUUGUGGAAUUGAAAGCCGAAUGGCCAUUUUGUAAUUUUUGUACGUUUUCGCUAAAAAUACUUGUUUAUCGGUAUUUAUUUUUAUAGUGAAAAAGUUUUUUGUAUUUUGGCUACUGUUUCUUCAAUCUCUUUUUUAGGACUGUUUAUAGAAUAAACGUUUGCUCAAUUCCCUAAUUGAUAUUUUAUUAGUUGUGUUUAAUUCGAUUUAUAUUUAUUUUAAAUUAUACAAUCUAAUUAGAUUUGUUGAGAUUCUCCAUUGUACAUAAAUAUUUAUAUUUAACGAGCGUUUGUGUUAUGUUUUUAAAUCCUACCUUUUUCACGGAAAUGUAAAUUUCGAAAAAUUUAUUGCGUGAGAAAAACCGAAUUUGUGAAAAUUAAGUAGUGUUUAAUAUAUUUGUAAUUGAAAUAUCUGGUAUGCAAUAAAUACCUAUAAAAAAUCUGUAGAAUAAAAAAUAUGUUAAAUAAACUCUGAUGCAUAUUUGGCUUUUGUACUUCUCGACGCUGGGGAAACGCCUUUCUGCAGUGCUACGUAUUCCUUUUGCAAUUUCGCUAGCGUAGGACAUUCGUAACCGACCUUUUCCUCGUACUUUUUCUGCACCACCUGCAUCAAACUAACCAACAAAAACUCUGCAUUU